GUGCGGGGGCACGGCGAGCGCAGCCCGGGCGGGGACCUUGGGGUGACAGCGCAACUUUGGGGGGCGCCCGGAGCUCUCGGGGAGCGGCGAUCGUUCCGAGGGGGGCGCGCCUCGCCCCUUCCCCCGCCGCCUUCCCUCCGGAAGAACAUCCUGGGCCGGAAAAAUCCAUCGGGAAAAAAAAAAACCCACCCGCACCUGGCUCGGGAUGCGGCGCCGGGAAGCGGCGGGGCCCGGAGGGCAGCGCUGAGGAUCCCUCUGCACGUGCCACCCCAGGGGACACCCCAAAGUCACCCCAAGGGACAUCCCGAGGUCCUGAGGCCACCCAGGGAAGCUCCAAGAUGAUCCCGAGGAGAGUCCAGGUCACCUGUGCCGGAAUUGCCUUCGUCCUCUGCCUCCAGCACCUCGGCAGUGCCAUCGAGGUCCCCCUGGACUUGCCGCAGCCCCCCACGAUCACCAAGCAAUCCAUCAAGGAUUACAUCGUGGAUCCCAGGGACAACAUCUUCAUCGAGUGCGAAGCCAAAGGCAAUCCCGUCCCCACCUUUUCCUGGACGAGGAACGGGAAGUUCUUCAACGUGGCCAAGGAUCCCAAAGUGUCCAUGAGGAGGAGGUCGGGGACUUUGGUCAUCGACUUCCACAGCGGGGGCCGGCCCGAGGACUACGAGGGCGAGUACCAGUGCUUCGCCAGGAAUGACUACGGAACGGCCCUUUCCAGCAAAAUCCACCUCCAGGUUUCCAAGUCUCCGCUGUGGCCCAAGGAGAAGGUGGACGUGAUCGAGGUGGACGAGGGGGCCCCGCUGAGCCUGCAGUGCAAUCCCCCGCCCGGCCUCCCCGAGCCCGUCAUCUUCUGGAUGAGCAGCUCCAUGGAACCGAUCCCGCAGGACAAGCGCGUGUCCCAGGGCCACAACGGGGACCUCUACUUCUCCAACGUGCUGGCGCAGGACGCGCUGACCGACUACAGCUGCAACGCCCGCUUCCACUUCACCCACACCAUCCAGCAGAAGAACCCCUACACCCUCAAGGUCAAAACCAAGAAGUCCCAUAACGAAACGUCUUUACGAAAUUCCCCCGCCAUGUACCGCGCCCGAGGGAUCACGGAAACCACUCCCAGCUUCAUGUAUCCCUACGGAACCUCCAGCAGCCAGAUGGUGCUCCGAGGGGUGGAUCUGCUGCUGGAAUGCAUCGCCUCCGGAGUACCAGCACCGGACAUCAAGUGGUACAAGAAAGGCGGAGAGCUCCCGGUGGGCAAAACCAAGGUGGAGAACUUCAACAAGACUCUGCGCAUCUCCAACGUGUCCGAGGAGGACUCCGGGGAGUAUUUCUGCCUGGCCUCCAACAAGAUGGGCAGCAUCCGCCACACGAUCUUGGUGAGAGUGAAGGCUGCUCCCUACUGGCUGGAUGAGCCGGAGAACCUGAUCCUGGCCCCGGGCGAGGACGGCAGGCUGGUGUGCCGGGCCAACGGGAACCCCAAACCCUCCAUCCAGUGGCUGGUGAACGGAGAGCCCAUCGAAGCGUCCCCGCCCAACCCCAGCCGGGAGGUGGCCGGGGACACCAUCGUGUUCCGGGACACGCAGAUCGGCAGCAGCGCCGUGUACCAGUGCAACGCCUCCAACGAGCACGGCUACCUGCUGGCCAACGCCUUCGUCAGCGUGCUGGAUGUUCAGCCCCGGAUCCUGGCCCCCCGGAACCAGCUGAUCAGGGUGAUCCAGAACAACAGGACCCGCCUGGAUUGUCCCUUUUUCGGCUCCCCCAUCCCCACCCUGCGCUGGUUUAAGAACGGCCAGGGGAACAUGCUGGACGGAGGAAACUACAAAGCCCACGAGAACGGGAGCUUGGAGAUCUUCAUGGCUCGGAAGGAGGACCAGGGAAUCUACACCUGCGUGGCCACCAACAUCCUGGGGAAAGCCGAGGCCCAGGUCCGCCUGGAGGUCAAAGACCCCACCAGGAUCGUGAGGGGCCCCGAGGACCAGGUGGUCAAGAGGGGCACCAUGCCCCGGCUCCACUGCCGCGUCAAGCACGACCCCACGCUCCGGCUCAUGGUCACCUGGCUCAAGGACGACGCCCCCCUGUACAUGGGCAACAGGAUGAAGAAGGAAGAGGAUGGUCUGACGAUCUACGGCGUGACUGAGAAGGACCAGGGCGAUUACACGUGCGUGGCCAGCACGGAGCUGGACAAGGACUUUGCCAAGGCCUAUCUCACCGUGCUGGCCGUCCCCGCUAACCGGUUGAGAGAUUUACCCAAAGAACGACCUGACCGUCCCCGGGACUUGGAGCUGUCGGAUCUGGAAGAGAGGAGCGUGCGGUUGACGUGGAUCCCCGGCGACGACAACAACAGCCCCAUCACAGAUUACAUCGUGCAGUUCGAGGAGGACCGGCUCCAGCCCGGAGUGUGGCACAACCACUCCAGGUACCCCGGGAAUGUCAACACGGCCGUGCUGAGCCUCUCGCCGUACGUGAAUUAUCAAUUCCGCGUGAUCGCCGUCAACGACGUGGGCAGCAGCGUGCCCAGCCUGCCCUCCCAGCGCUACCACACCAACGGGGCACGUCCUGAAAUAAAUCCAACGGGAGUUCAAGGGGUAGGGACCCAAAAAAACAACAUGGAGAUAACGUGGACCCCUCUGAAUGCGACUCAGGCUUACGGGCCCAACCUGAGGUACAUCGUGAAGUGGCGGCGGCGGGAGCCCCGCGGGAGCUGGUACAACAAGACGGUGCAGAGCGUGCGGCACGUGGUGUGGAACACGCCCAUCUACGUCCCCUACGAGAUCAAGGUGCAGGCCGAGAAUGACUUCGGCAGGGCCCCGGAGCCCGACACCUACAUCGGAUAUUCCGGGGAGGAUUUGCCCAGCUCCCCCAGGUACCUCCGGAUCCGACAGCCCAACCUGGAAAUCAUCAACCUGGAGUGGGACCACCCCGAGCAUCCCAACGGGAUCAUCACGGGAUACACCCUCCGAUACUACCCCUUUAACGGGACGCGGAUGGGCCGGACGGUGGUGGAGCACCUGUCCCCCAACCAGACGAGGUUCACCCUGCAGAGGUCAGACCCCAUCUCCCGCUAUCACUUCGUGCUCCGCGCCCGCACCCAGGUGGGAGAGGGAGAGACCCUGGUGGAGGAUUCACCGGCGCUGCUGGAUGAAGCCACGCCAAGCCCAGAGGCAACUGGGCCGCCUCCAACCGCAGUGGAGGAAACCAGUCCUGAAACCAGUCCUGAAACCAGUCCUGAAACCAGUCCUGAAACCAGUCCUGAAACCAGUCCUGAAACAAGUCCUGAAACAAGUCCUGAAACCAGUCCUACAGUCAGUCCUACAGUCAGUCCUACAACCAGUCCUACAACCACCCCAACCACCACCGAAACCACAACCACCACAACAACCACAACCACCACAGCCACAACAGCCACCAGCACCAGCACCGCCGCCAGCACCGCCGCCAGCACCAGCACCGCUGCCGAGAGGGCUCCGGCAGCCACCACCAGGCACGAGUUGGCCGCCAAUGGAUCGUCCAUAUGGGACAUCAGAGCCAUGGCGAACAGUAACUGGGCAAACAUCACCUGGAGCCACAAUUUCUCGGCAGGAACUGACUUUGUGGUUAAGUAUAUCACCAGUAACAAGACAGAGAGAUCAAUCCCCGUUAAGGCUCAGGGCCCGUCCUCGGUGCAGCUGGCGGAUCUGACGCCGGGGAUGAUGUACAAGCUGUGGGUGUUCCCCAUAUGGUCCCACCCCAGCGAGCACUCGUACAUUACCUUUACCACCAGCUCAGCCUACACCAAGAACCAGGUGGACAUCGCCACGCAGGGCUGGUUCAUCGGCCUCAUGUGCGCCAUCGCCCUCCUCGUGCUCAUCCUCCUCAUCGUCUGCUUCAUCAAGAGGAGCCGCGGCGGGAAGUAUCCAGUGCGGGACAACAAGGACGAGCACCUCAACCCCGAGGACAAGAACGUGGAGGACGGAUCCUUCGACUACAGCGAUGAAGACAACAAACCUCUUCCCAACAGCCAGACCUCGCUGGACGGGACGAUAAAGCAGCAGGAGAGCGACGACAGCUUGGUGGACUACGGAGAAGGGGGCGAGGGCCAGUUCAACGAGGACGGCUCCUUCAUCGGCCAGUACACGGUCAAGAAGGACAAAGAGGAGACCGAGGGCAACGAGAGCUCCGAGGCCACGUCCCCCGUCAAUGCCAUUUAUUCCUUGGCAUAGCAAAAAAAAACGCCGGGGAAAAAAACCACCCACAGCCCGAGGGGUUCGGAGCGGCCGCGGGGUUCCGCCGGCAGCCGCCGCCGCCGCUGCCUCCGACAGGAAAGGGAAUCAAACGAGGAUUUAAAGCAAACAAACAAACAAAGCAAAAAUAGAGAAAAAAAAUUAAAAAUAGCAAAAAAAAAUUCCAAAAAAAAAGGAAAAAAAGAAAAAAAAAAUUUCCAAGCAAAGAGGCAGCCCAGGCGGCCGCCGAUGCCAUUUAUCCUUAGCAAACGAGCCAACGGCAAGGGACGCGCGGGGCGGGAGCCGGAGUGGGAAUCGGGGCUGAGCCAGAGCGGCUGGAGGGGAGGAGAUGCUCAAGCUGCUCCCCAGUUAUGGGGUUGCUCCUCCUUUUUGGGGUUUCUCCUCAUUUUUGGGGUUGCUCCUCCUUUUUGGGGUUGCUCCUCCUUUUUGGGGUUGCUCCUCCUUUUUGGGGCUGCCUCAGGGCCUGUCCGGAGGGGCCCCGUGUUGGGCUCGGCUGCCCGAGGGUUUUUUUGUUCUUUUAGGAGGGAGCUCCAACUUUUUUGGGUUUAAUUUUUUCCAGGAAGGUUCUGGAUCAGAGGGGAGGGGGGAAAGAAAUCGAAGAAUUUCGGGGAGGGAAGAGGGGUGAGAGGGGCCUGGGCAGAGCAAAGGCAUGGAAGGAGGAAAGGGGUGGAUUUUUGGGGUGAAAACGCCGGAUUAUUGAGCCGUCCAUCCUCACGGCAGCACCUUGCCCAUAACCUCUCCCCAAACCCCUCCCUCCUGAAAAAACCUAUGCAGGGAAGAGCAGGUCCCCACCACCUCCCUCAGCACCAGGAUUUGUCCUGGCUGAGGCUGGGAAAACCCACAGGGAGCUCAUCCCCCAUUCCCACCGAGCUCCGGAGCAUCCUGGGAGGAGAAGAGGUUGUGGAGGAAUUUCUGGGAUUCAGGAGGAGCCUCUCCCCUGCCAAGCCCGGGGUUACAGCGCUGCAGAAAAAACCUUUUUGGGUUUAAAUUUGCUUUGUAGGGAUUUUGGGGGGAGCUGCCCCCCACCCCACGCCUGCUCUCUUUCCAAGGCAACUCCAUAAAUCCUAUGUAGCAAAGAGGGCCUGGAAGCAGGAGCGGGAUCAGAACAGGACGAAGAGAUCAGAACGAUUAACAUAAAAAUAAUCCAAGCGAGCUGGUGAGGAUGGAAAAACCCCUGGGGAUGAGGUGGAGGAUUCCCUGAAGGAUUCAGGGCCACACCACGAGGAAGGAACACCGGACUGGGAUCCACACCUCGGCAGGCACCGGGAUGAGCCGGACGGACGCUGUUUUUCCCACCAAACCCCCUCCUCCUUUCUGACAGUGGCCUUUCCCCACUCCAGCACUCAGCCAAGCCACCGUGGGACCCCCAUCCCGCCUGGAGACUCCCAGGAUUUCCAGCCACCCUCCCUGAGCGCUCCCUCACAUGCCUUACACAGCUUGGGAGUCACUCCAAGGAUUCUCUUCCCGCUCCGCUUCCGCGCCCCCCACGGCCUCGGAUCCGCCCGAGCAGUAGGAAUGGGAUAUCUGGGAGCGUUCCCAGCUCUCCCAGCACGGAUCAGGGUAGAAGGCAGGGAUUCCCAACGGACUGCGUCCCGUGAAUCCUCCCACUUCCUGCACUUUUGAAACCAAAGGUACCUUCGCGGAGAGAGAAAGAGAGAUCGGGUUUCUUUCGGAAAAAAAAUGGAUUUUCGGACGGAUUUUCCUUUCGUUUCUUUUUUAUUUUUCCUGAGGAGGAUGGAGGUUUUUUUGGCUGGGAUGCAACGGGAUUCGUGCAGUUAUUCUUUCUGCUUUGGAGACACGUUGGUGACACGGAUACUCCCACUGCUCUGGAUUGUGGAGAGGGACUUCGCCACAUCCCGAUGGAUCCUGGGAAGAGCCCGGACGGGGCUGACACGAGAGAUGGAUGCAAAUUAAUCCGAUGCAAAUGCCUUCCUUAAAAUAAUAAUUAUCAUUUAUCUUGGUCGUCUUCUCUGAUAGGUCAAACGUGGGGUGAAGAUGGAGCUCGUGGGGUUGGAUUUGGGGACCUUAAAAGGUCCCUUCCCAUCCAAAUUGUUCCAUGAAACCAACGGCAAAGGAAUUCCAGGGUUUGGGUCGGGGUUGAGAGGCAGAGCCCCCUCCUAAAGCAGGGGGGGCUGUCCCAGGGAUGUCCCGUGUCUGUCACCCCCUCCAGCCGUGUCCCCUGGCAGGGACAGCCCCGUUGUGACCCUCAGUGUGGACACAGCCACGCCCCGACCCCGCUCCUGCCGCCCAUCCCGUUCGGGAUGGGAACUCCCGGAAUUCCAUCCCGCUUUUAGGAAAACACCCCCCAGGCCAAAGGUGACACUGCCCUGGGAUGGGGACAGUCCUAUCCCCAAAGGUGACAGAGCCCCUGGGAUAGGGACAAUCCCAUUCCCAAAGGUGACAGAGCCCCUGGGAUGGGGAUGAUCCCAUUCCCAAAGGUGACACCGCCCCCCCCAAGGUGACACCACCCCUGGGUUGGGGACAAUCCCAUUCCCAAAGGUGACACCGCCCCUGGGAUGGGGACAAUCCCAUUCCCAAAGGUGACACCGCCCCUGGGAUGGGGACAAUCCCAUUCCCAAAGGUGACACCACCCCUGGGAUGGGAACAAUCCCAUUCCCAAAGGUGACACCGCCCCUGGGAUGGGGACAAUCCCAUUCCCAAAGGUGACACCGCCCCUGGGCAUGAGGACAAUCCCAUUCCCAAAGGUGACAGAGCUCCUGGGAUGGGGACAAUCCCAUUCCCAACCCAUUCCCAACUCCCAGCUGAGUUUGGGCAACUCCCUGGCCAAGCACCGCUGGGUAUGGGAAACAAAUCCAGCCUCUGGAUCUGGGAUCUUCCCAGCACUCCCAGUCCUGGCUGCUGACAGGGAGCACAAAACAUCUCCAAACCUCUGGAAAUGAGGCCAGGAUUGCUGGCACAGGUCCGUGUUGGGUAUCCAUGAUGUGCCAUUCCCAUUAAAACCCGGAUUCCUGAACCACCUCAUCCCUUUGGGGAAGGAGCUGGACUCUGCCCAACCUUAUCCCAAAUUUCCUCAUGAAAUUCCCAGUCCUACCCCAAGGUUGCUCUGAGUAACGAGAAGAGGGGGGAGAUGCAGAGGUGGACAAACAGCUCGGUGUCAGUCACUCACAGCCCUGUCUCAGCUUGGUGUAAAAAUUACUCAACAUUUUUAAGGUUUAGCAAAAAUUCUGACAUUUCUUCAAAAUUUCCCCCCUGGAGUUUUGGAGCUCAGAGAAAAUUCAGGUUAAAACCUCAUCCCAAGCUUCUCCUCUUUUACUCCUUGGAGUAAAGUUUGAGAAAGCCCUGACCCCAAACUUUCACAGGGUGAUCCCAGAGAUCCCAAAAACCAGACAGGGAUGGGAUGGACCCACACCAUGUCCUGGGAGUGUCCUUGGAGAGGGAGAUGGAUGAGGGAUGGAUGGAUGGAUG